AUAUUGCUCUAAAAGCUGUCCACUAUGACUGUUCUCAGCUACCUCCUGACAAGGAUUGACAUUCUACUGUAUUUUACGGCAUUCAUUGUAUUAUUUCUAUACUGGAUCCAUGGAUCUAAGAAGAGCAAAGGAAAAAUGCCUCCGGGCCCCAGACCUCUUCCUUUUAUUGGGAACCUCAAUCUGCUGGACCUGAAAAAGCCAUAUGAGUCACUAAUGGAGCUCUCUGAGAAGUAUGGAGAAAUCUUCACUGUACACUUUGGAUCCAAGAAGAUGGUGGUGAUCGCAGGAUACAGUGCUGUAAAGGAGGCUCUGGUCAACCAAGCUGAUGACUUUGGAGAAAGAGCAGAUACACCACUCUUUAAACUAACAAAUAAAGAAAAAGGAAUAGUAUUUAGUAAUGGAGAAUCUUGGAAAGCCCUAAGAAGAUUCACACUCUCAACUCUUCGAGACUUUGGCAUGGGGAAGAAAACAAUAGAAGCCAGAAUACAAGAUGAAUUAAUUUCUCUUAUAGAAAAUUUCAAGUCACACAAUGGGAAACCAUUUGACACAGACCUCAUAAUGAACUGUGCGGUGUCCAAUGUUAUCUGCUCUAUCAUUUUUGGAGAAAGGUUUGAUUAUGAUGACCCAGUAUUUAAACAGCUUAUUCAAAUUUUGGGUGCAAAUGACAAACUGAGUGGCUCACCUAAGCUAUUGCUGUUUAACUUUUUUCCUCGCAUCUCGACCUUUCUUGGGACACACAAACAGUUAAUGAAGAAUAUGGAUGAUUUCAUUGAGUUUGUUUUAAAGCGAAUCAAACAUCAGAGACAGGAGUUUGAUACAAAUGCAAUCUCUGGAUUUAUUGAUGCAUACCUUUUGAAACAAGAACAGGCUUCAGGACAAGCUGAGAAGUACUUUGAUGAUGAAAAUCUGGUGUACUCAGUUCUGGAUCUCUUUGGAGCUGGGACAGAAACAAUAUCUACAACACUACGCUGGGGCAUGUUGUUGAUGAUGAAGUAUCCAGAAAUACAAAAAAAGUUACAAGAGGAAAUCCGGACACAUAUUAAACAAGGACAGAUGCCUACAGCCGAUGAUCGAAGAAAAAUGCCUUAUACUGAAGCAGUGAUUCAUGAAAUCCAGAGGUUUGCUAAUAUCGUUCCUUUAAAUGUGCCACACACAACUCCAAGUGAUGUGUAUUUCCGGGGUUACUGCAUACCAAAGGGUACAGAGGUAAUUCCUUUCCUCACAUCUGUUUUGUAUGACAAGACUCAGUGGGAAACACCUUAUGAGUUUAACCCAAAUCACUUUUUGGAUGCAGCCGGCAAAUUUGUAAAACGAGAUGCAUUUAUGCCCUUCUCUGCAGGAAGAAGAGUUUGUGUUGGAGAAAGUUUAGCCAAAAUGGAGCUUUUUUUGUUUUUUACCGGCCUUCUGCAAAGCUUCACAUUCUACCCACCUCCAGGAGUCUCCAGAGAAGAUAUAAGUCUCAAGCCUGGCACUGGAUUCGUUUUAUUUCCUUUACCACACUUAGUAUGUGCAAAGCUUAACUUCUAGUCAAGAUCCACAAUUCAGAAGUGACAAGAAAAGGUCUUAAAUCCACUCAAGAAUGGAUAAAGGG